GACCAGCCCAUCGCCCCCCGCGCAGAAGCAACACAGGCACAAGCACACUGCCGGCCGUAAUCGAUCGAGGCGAGGGACGACGGCGAAGCAAUCCACCGGUCACGCCGCGCCCCUGGUUAUCAAGCAAGUGGGAUGGAUUCGGCCGAUUUCUGGCUCGAGGAUCUAAUAGUCUCGCCCGACGCCCGAGAAGAUCCAUCCUGCGCCACCACGCCGCCCGUCCUCCGUGCCCAAGGGCUCGAGCUUGAGCUCUUACCAGCCGGCAAUGGCGCCCCGUCCCCUCCCGCGGUCACGUCCAGGAUAUCCGUGCAGAAGUUCUGCGCCACCGUGGCCCGAUUCGACGGCUUCAAGACCAGGCUGGCAACGGAGACCGGGCUCGGCGGCAUGCUCCGGCUCAAGCCGCUGCCCAAACUGAACCUCAAGUUCAGCGCCUUCCUGAUGGAGAGGGUCAACGUCGACGACCGGUCCAUCCGGAUCGACGACGAGACCUCCAUCAAGUUCUCCCCUCAGGACGUCAGAAACGUCUUUGGUCUGCCAUGUGGGGCCAGGACCUUAUCAUCAAAGCCGGUUCGCCUGUCGGAGGCCUGCAAGGAGUUCAGGCGGGCGGCGGCCGAGAUCGGUGGCAAGGGCACGCAUAGCCUCAAGGCGGUGGAGGCCAUUCUCCUGAAGGAGCUGACUGAGGCAUCGUCGACGCAGGUCAAAAUCGACUGCUUCAAGAUCGCCUAUGUGGUUUUCGCCGUAGGACAUGUGUUGUGCCCUUCCUCCAAGUAUGAUUACACCAGCAUCGACUACUGGCAAGCACUGUGCAACAUUUCAAGCAUCGCCGAGUUCAACUGGUGCGAAUAUGUCCUGGGACACCUCAUGCCGGCCGUCGAGAAGCUCAAGGCCGACAUGGAAAGAGGGUACUCCCCAAUUCACCUUUCAGGAUGCCAUCUCUUCCUUCAGAUUUUUGUCCUGGAUAACAUGGACCUAGGCGCGGUCACCCUUCGGCAGCAUGCUUCUCCAAGAAUUUCCCUGUUUGACUGUGCCACGCUGAGGAAGAUGAUUGGCAUCCUGACCACAGGUGUCACCGGGGACAAGUCUUUCUUCUUAGCCCGUCAGGGUCUACGCCGCGACGAUGUUGGGUACACUGUCAGCAAUGCUGGACACAUCGCAAGAGCCGGUGCCCACAACGAGCAGCACCCAUUUGUUUCCAGUCAUCAAGAGCAAACUCCAGAUCCAGAGCAGUACCCAAGCUCUGCAGAAGAAUUCACAGAACAUUUGCGCAGACUAUAUCCAGAGAUGGACGCUGAGGCGGUAUGCACACUGUUGAGGGAAUGCAAUGCUCGCAUGUGUGCCCACAUGGACGAAAUGGAGCAGAAAUGCCAAGCUGAAAGGCUUGAUUUUGCUGAUAAACUGCUGAAGCUUGUCUCCAAGAGUAGAUGCACAUGCAAGCCAUCUACUAAUUGAUAUCACACAAGGUUAUGGGUUCUAAUCUAGGAGCAGAGCUCUGUUUUGCCGUUCUUCAGGGCUCAGUCAGCCAAACAUGCAUAUGGCAGCUCACGAAGUAGCUAGGCGUGGCCGCGGGGCUCGAGCUGUGUUGGUGUCUGAGUUCUUGUACUGGGAACAAGCUUCGGUAAAAAGGGAAAUAUGAACCUUCACUACUAUUUUAAA